AAAAAAACACCACAUUACUGUGGUUACUGUAGGAAAGCCUUUAGGUGCAGUGCUAACCUCGUCGAGUACCAGCGGCUCCACAGUGAAGAGAAGCCCUACGAGUGUGAUGAGUGUGGAAAAGCCUUCAGCCAGAGCUGCGAGUUCAUCAGUCACCAAAGGAUGCACUCAGGGGAGCUCCCCUACCAGUGCGACGAGUGCGGAAAGACAUUCACCCAGAGGCCCAACCUAAUGAAGCAUCAGAGGAUCCACACCGGGGAGAAGCCUUGUAAGUGCAGUGAGUGUGGGAAACACUUUAGUGCCUACUCUUCCCUUAUUUAUCACCAGCGAAUACACACUGGAGAGAAACCCUAUAAGUGCAGCGACUGUGGAAAAGCCUUCAGUGACAGCUCAGUCCUUAUCCGCAAUCGUCGGACCCACACUGGAGAGAAGCCAUUUGAAUGUAAGGAGUGUGGCAAAGGUUUUACCCAGAGUUCUAAUCUUAUCCAACGCCAGAGAAUCCACACUGGAGAGAAACCCUAUAAAUGUAAUGAAUGUGAGAAAGCCUUCAUCCAAAAAACCAAACUUGUUGACCAUCAGAGAAGCCACACUGGAGAGAAGCCCUAUGAAUGUAAUGACUGUGGCAAAGUCUUCAGUCAGAGCACUCAACUCAUCCAGCAUCAGAGGAUCCACACGGGGGAGAAGCCCUACCAGUGUGGCGAGUGUGGCAAGGCCUUCCACAACAGCUCCAGACUCAUCCAUCACCAGAGGUCACACCACGAAGAGAAGCCAUACAAGUGCAGUGACUGCAAGAAGGCCUUCAGCCCGGGUGCUUACCUUACCCAGCACCAGCGGAUCCACACCGGGGAGAAGCCGUCCAAGUGCAAUAGGUGUGGCAAGGCCUUCCGGCACAGUUCCAGUGUGUUCCGGCAUCAGAGGAUUCACCUCUGGGAGGACCUCUCCACCUGAUGCUGGAGGCCCAGGAAUUCUGCCAGGCCCUUCCCACAGCCCUGUUAUUUAUUGGCCUCACAGGGUUGCCACAGGUGACAGGCAUUUCUGUCUAGUUUUUACAGACCUCUUAAACCCAGGCAGUGUAUGCUCAUUUAGAGAAACUGAGGAAGGCAAGUAAAAGGGAGCUGCUCCUGUAAUCUCUCCCUUUUAGAACAAAAAAAUCAUCACUGCUGACUUAGAGUGUUUGAGGAAGGCCUUGAGAGGUAUAUAAAUGUUUUAAAGAAAAUACUGUUAGGCUUGUUAUUGCAGCAUCCAGGACCAUUACCUUUGCUCUUUCCUCAAUGCCAGAGAAUUCACACUGGACAGAAUUCCACAUAUUUACAUAUUGCAAAUUUUUUUAAAUUAACAUCAUUCAUACUUUUCUGUGUACUUAAUAGAUGAUUGUCUUUUUCAUUGUGUUAAAAUAGACUUAACAAAGUUUACCAUUUUAACCAUUUAAAGUGUACAAGUCAGUGGUAUUAAAUACAUGCACAGUGUUGUGUAGCCAUCACCACUAUCUGUUUCCAGAACUGUUUUAUUAUCCCAUGUAGAAGCUCUGUGCUCAUCAAACAGUGACUCCUUCCUCCUCUCGUCCGUGUUGCUGGCAACCUCUAUCCUGUUUUCCAUCUCUGAAUCGACCUGUUCUAGGU